UGCCCACCCAACAUGGUUUGAUGCUUGGAUAGUGGAUACAGCAGCAUCCGGCAAAAACUAAAAGUGGAACACCGGGAAUACUUUUCUCUCCGUCCGUCAGUGCUCUCCGCGUCUUUCGCCCUUCGCCACCUGUUCUCGUGGAGGAGACCAGCUGAUCUCAUUGCUGACAGAAACAAGGAAACACAAACACAGAGAUCAUCCCAAUUUACCAGUUUCUGUGAGGACUUUAAGAGCCGGAACGCAUGAAUAGAUGCAGAGCAUGGUCCAUUGUCAUCCUACAGAGGAGUGACAGCGUCUGUGCCAGGCCCACUGGGAGAGGACCAUGGCCCUGAGCGAUGCGAGCGGCGACCCUCUGGCCCUCAGCAAAGGAGGCCACCAUCCUCUCAGUGCCAAUGGAAACACGCCUUCAAACACCAGUACACCUGUCGGCGGCGGCCAGGACCCCCUUACCGCCGCCUCCAGCAGCGACUGCCUCUCAGCAGACGGAGAUGAAGACGCUGCGGUUAAGAACGGAGCGUCCAAAACGCAGCAGAGAUCACACGUCAUCCAGAGAGCGAACAGGCCGAGCCAGAACGGCAGCGUGGUCAAACAGAACGGCUCCCUGAGGAAUCUUCACCCGUCGUCCGCCGCCACGUCCUCCUCCUCCUCCUCCUCUUCCUCUUCAUCCUCCUCUGCUGCCGUCACAGACUCUCAGAGGCUGGCCAGACGCCACCUCCCCUCCACGCUGUCCUCCUCCUCGCCUCCCCUCCAGCCGCCGCCGCCGCUCUGCUGCCAGCACUGUCACUUCCACUCCACCCUGUGCUGCCCCUGUGGACAGCAGGAGUGCCCCCUCUUCCAGAACCCCGCCACAGGACCAGGGCCCGGCUCUGUUCCCCACCCGGGGGCCGCUUCGUCCUGCCCCUGCUGCCUCUCCGCCUGCACAUACCCCCACCCUCCUCACCCAUCCUCCCCCCUCGCUCUCCAUCACCACCAUCACCAGCGCUGGCAGGAGCACCUCCAGAGUCAGACGCAUGCAGCCGGGAUCAG